GUUUCAUGCUUCCUUCCAAAAUGUAUUCGAGCAUUCAGGGUUCUUGCCUUAGAUUAUGGAGCGGAUCUAGCAUACACAGAAGAAAUCAUCGAUCAGAAGCUUCUGACUAGUAAACGAAUUGUUAAUAGUGGCUUAUUUGAGCAGGACUUCAUUUCAGAUGUCCUCGACACUAUAGACUAUUGUAUGGUUGAUGAUAUAGUUUUACGAAUAUCUAAGGCUCGAGAACAACAACGCUGCGUUCUCCAGAUUGGAACAAAUAAUGGUAGCAGUGCAGCUGAAGUGGCGAAAAUGAUAGGUACAGAUGUAUCUGCUAUAGAUGUCAAUAUGGGAUGUCCGAAACCCUUUUCUAUACAUUGUGGUAUGGGAUCGGCUCUUUUGGCAAAAGUGGACAAAAUCAAAGAGGUGAGCAUGCAUAUUCCUGCAGUGCAAAAUCCUCUUUACUGUGUAGGAAAAGCGCUAAUCCUCAUCAUACUAAUGCGCUAUUGGUAUUUACUUCAUGGCACCGCCCCCUCCCCCUCAACAACUAUAAAAAGAGCAAAGACCCGCCCCAGAGAGGAGGAAGCAGCACGAAAGACCAAGCGGCUGGUGGUUUCCAGACCACAUGGAUCAGCUAUGCCUUGCAUAACGUCCUGCCCUUUCCCCUCCUUUUUCUCUUUCCUUAUUUGCCUAUUAUCUCUUUUCAUUUCUGUUACUCAUUUAACGGGUCUCUAUAUUUGCAAUCUCAUGAUGUAAAU